AUGGAGGAUUUGAUGAGAAAAAAGCGACUUUCACCUACAUCUUUGGUGAUUUGGAAGACAAUUGGAGCAAUUGAAAGUGGAAAAGUUUUACGAGUAUUAUUUGAUUCAGGGGGAUUGCAUACGAUGAUCAAUGCAAGGGCGAUUCCUAAAGAUGCUAAGGUACAAAGUAUUCAAAAUGCGAAGAAGUGUACAACUGUUGCUGGUGAUUUUGUUUCUGACAAAUGUGUGAAAUUGUGGGACGGAGUCUUUCCCAAAUUUGACAAACACCGCAGAAUCGCAGAAGUCGACGGUGUCAAGGCGAAUGUCUUCGAUUCGCCAACGUGUCCACAUGACGUCAUAAUCGGACGCGACCUUCUACACAAAAUGGGCUUGGAUAUCCAAUUUUCAAACGGACAAGUCAAAUGGAUAGACAAGUUCAUUCCAAUGAAGGCUCCAGAUCAUUGGCAAAAUCACACCAACUAUUCAAUGGCAUUGGAUCGCGAUGUUUUAGAUAUCUACGAUGAUGAUGAUGCUGAUGAUGCCUUCAUCAUGGAUGCAAAAUAUGAAGCUACUUCAGGUGCUGAAGUUGCUGACAAGCAACAACAUCUAACUGAAGAUCAGCGCAAACUUUUGGCUCAAGCGUUGAAGAAUACAGACGAGAUUUUCGAUGGUCAACUUGGUCAUUACAAGCAUGAGAAGGUUCACUUGGAGCUCAUUGAGAAUGCACAACCCGUGUUUUCAAAAGCGUAUUCUCUGCCAAAACAACAUGAACCUGCAUUUCUCAAAGAAUUGAAACAUCUACAAGAAAUUGGAGUUCUUGAACGAACAGGCCCGUCAGAAUGGGCAUCGCCAACAUUCAUCAUUCCAAAGAAGGACGGUAGGGUGCGAUGGAUCAGCGAUCUCAGACAGCUGAACAAGAAUAUCAAGCAUGAAGUAUACCCCUUACCUUUGAUUGAUGAUAUUGUUGCGCAUUGUUCUGGCUACAAGUACUUCACAAAACUUGAUCUCACAAUGAUGUAUUAUUCUUUUGAACUGGAUGAGCCGAGCAAAAAACUUUGCACAAUCAACACCCAGUACGGUCCGUACCAAUACAACCGGAUGGCUAUGGGAUUGAAACCGGCUCCUGAUUUUGCCCAGUACUACAUCAAACAAACUCUAUGCGACCUAAAACAAAAAGGUGUCGAAAUUUAUAUUGACGAUGUUGGCCUGUUCUCCAAUUCCUACGAAGAACAUAUGGCCUUGAUCCAAGAAGUAUUGCAGCGACUACAAGCUGCUGGUUUCAAAAUCAAUCCCUUGAAGUGCGAGUGGUGUGUCCAAGAAACUGAUUUCUUGGGCCAUUGGUUGACUCCUGAAGGCGUCAAACCGUGGAAGAAAGAGAUUGAUGCCAUCCUCAAGAUGUCAGCACCUACAAAUGUAACAGAAUUGCGUGCAUUUCUUUGUGCUGUUACCUUUUACCGCCACAUGUGGCCGCGUCGAUCUCAUCUUCUCAAACCCCUUACAGAGCUCACAGGCAAAGGAAUGUUUGAAUGGACUGAUCAAUGUGCAAAAGCUUUCGCUGAGAUGAAAGCUCUCAUGGCUAGCGAUAUAAUGAUGCGCUACCCCAAUCCAAACAAACCCUUUGAAAUCUAUACUGAUGCGUCUGACUACCAGAUGGGCGCUGACAUCAUGCAGGAAGGUAAACCCGUCGCCUACUGGAGUCGUAAGCUCAAUGCUGCACAACGCAAUUACUCAGUAAUGGAAAAAGAAAUGUUGGCUGUUGUACAUUGUUUGAAAGAAUUUUGA